UUCAGCUCACUCAAAAUAUCAAGUGAGUGUGCAAAAAAGGCUGUUAAACGCUCAUUCGUGGGGCUGCGAACCAUGGGGUCUGCAGAAUACCAGCCGCUAUUGCUUGGGCUCGACUCACACGCUCGGAUUCCCGACUUGUCUUCCAUCGCAAUCGAAGAGUUCUUAGAGCACCGACCUGUUGCAAGCCGAUGGUGGCCUCGGUUAGUGGGGUGGGAGUCGAGGUUACUCUGGAUUCUCUCAGGGGCAUCGAUUAUUGUUUCCAUAUUCAAUUAUAUGCUAAGCUUUGUGACCCUGGCUUUUGCUGGGCACUUGGGAUCGUUGGAGCUUGCUGGGGCCUCUAUUGCUAGCGUUGGAAUUCAAGGUCUCGCUUAUGGGAUUAUGUUGGGUAUGGCCAGUGCUGUGCAAACUGUCUGUGGACAAGCAUAUGGGGCCAAGAAAUACGCUGCAAUGGGUGUCAUAUGCCAAAGAGCAAUAAUUUUGCACCUGGGAGCAGCAGUUCUCCUUACUUUUCUAUAUUGGUUCUCCGGCCCAAUCCUAGUAGCAAUCGGGCAAUCUGAGAGCAUAUCUGAACAAGGCCAGAUUUUUGCGCGCGGGUUGAUACCCCAACUGUAUGCCUUUGCAAUUAGCUGCCCGAUGCAGAGGUUUCUCCAAGCACAGAACAUUGUAAAUCCUCUCGCAUACAUGUCUGUUGGGGUAUUCCUCGUCCAUAUUGUACUAACAUGGCUAGUAGUUUACGUUGUGGACUACGGGCUUUUGGGUGCUGCUCUGACGCUAAGCUUCUCUUGGUGGGUUCUGGUCAUUUUAAAUGGGCUUUAUAUUCUGUUAAGCCCCUCUUGCAAGGAAACUUGGACUGGUUUCUCAAUCAAAGCCUUCAAAGGAAUCUGGCCUUAUUUCAAGCUUACUGUAGCUUCUGCUGUCAUGUUGUGUUUGGAGAUAUGGUACAACCAAGGAUUAGUACUUAUAUCAGGGCUCCUCCCCAAUCCUACAAUCUCACUGGAUUCUAUUUCUAUUUGUAUGAAUUACUUGAACUGGGACAUGCAAUUCAUGUUGGGCCUCAGCGCAGCAGCCAGUGUCCGAGUCAGUAAUGAGCUUGGAGCAGGACAUCCAAGGGUUGCAAAAUUUUCAGUACUAGUGGUGAACGGAACCAGCAUCCUCAUUAGCAUAGUUUUCACCAUAAUUGUUCUAGUAUUUAAAGUUGGAUUGAGCAAACUCUUUACAACUGACACUGAGGUUAUCGAGGCAGUGUCAGAGUUAACUCCAUUGCUUGCCAUUUCUGUUUUCUUAAAUGGCAUUCAACCUAUCCUCUCAGGAGUGGCAAUUGGGAGUGGAUGGCAAGGUGUGGUUGCUUAUGUUAACCUCACCACAUACUACAUAAUUGGUCUUCCAAUUGGAUGUGUUCUUGGCUUCAAAACAAGUCUUGGAGUAGCAGGGAUUUGGUGGGGCAUGAUUAUUGGAGUUCUUUUGCAAACGUUAACUCUAAUUAUUCUAACGGCCAGAACAAAUUGGGAUGCUGAGGUUAAAAGGGCCGCGGAGCGGUUGAAGAACUCUGCAGAUCAAGAAGAUGCCUUGGAUUUGGUGUCCGACAUAUAAGACGUUUCAAUGAUCUAUGUAUGCAUCAGUUGACCACAAUUUUGGGGCUGUGACAGGCCCCUUCUUUUUUUUCUUUUCUUACAAAGCUUCACCUAUAUAGGCCUUAGAUUUCUCCCUCUGUUGAAUUUUGUAGUAAUCCCGAAUAGCAAAUUUUGGUAGUCGAAGAAAGAAAAUCGCUCUUGCUCUAUGCCA